UCUCUCAACGAACGUGACACAUCCAUAAGGACAUCUCCAAUUUACCCCCUAGAGUCGACAUCGAGACACUCAAGCAAGUCUCUAGCAAAACUAUACUUUCAACGAAUAAAUAAAUAUAUUGCAUUGGAAUAUCCUUUCACAAGGAUGGGCAACAAAAUUGUUACAUUCACCGAACAGCAAUUGGACGAUUACCAGGAUUGUACGUUUUUUACACGAAAGGAGAUUUUACGGGUACACAAACGUUUUCGAGAAAUUCGACCGGAUUUGGUGCCACGCCAAAUGACUGAAGGACAAGCAUCUAGUGUCAAAGUUCCACGUGAGUGCAUCGAGAAAUUGCCCGAACUAAAGGAAAAUCCAUUUCGUACGAGGAUAUGCGAAGCAUUUUCUCGUGAUGGUCUCGGCAAUUUGUCGUUUGAGGAUUUCCUAGACUUUCUUUCGGUAUUCAGCGAACAGGCGCCAAGGGACAUCAAGGUUUUCUAUGCUUUUAAAAUUUAUGACUUCGACCAGGAUGGUUUCAUUGGACGUGCCGACCUAAAAUCUGUUCUGACAACAAUGACAAAAAAUGACCUUAGCCCCGAAGAACAGCAACAGAUUGCGGAUAAAGUUAUCGAGGAGGCGGAUGUCGAUGGUGAUGGUCAAUUGUCCUUUCUGGAGUUCGAGCAUGUUAUCCUUAGGGCACCAGAUUUUCUAUCGACAUUUCAUAUAAGGAUUUAAGUGCAUCAGUUUCAGCAGAGAGCUUCAGAUGUGCCCUGUGCUAGUAUACUGUGUUUCUGUGGCUCGUUGUGGUAGCAUGCUGACAAGAUUCUUCGAGAGAGAUGAAAGUUCCUACUUCUUUGAUGGCGCAUCCUUCUACAUUUUAUAGUUCGGUAAAUUUGUUGGCCAUGUAUGAAGGUAUGAAGGAUUAUAACAUUGUGUAUGUUAGGUGUAGGUACGAGUAGUAUCUCGAAGGAUUUUUGCAGCAGCUACCAGCAGCUACAUGAUGUGCACACGAAUUUAGUGUAGGUUGUUGAGAAUAGAAAAUAAUAUAUAUUAAAUCUAAUAAAGUUUUAAUACCAUCUGAUGUGUAUGUGUAGGUGUAUUGUAUACUUGUAGUUGUAAAAUAUAUUAUCUUAAAGAUUGUU